UGGGCGGGCGCGCAGAUGGCCACUCAGGUGGAGCCGCUGCUGCCGGGGGGCGCCCCGCUCUUGCAGGCCGAGGAGCACGGCGGCCUGGUGAGGAAGAAGCCGCCGCUGGCUCCCGAAGGCAAGGGCGAGCCGGUCCCGAACGACGCCGGAGGCGGCGGUAGCGGCGGGGGGGAGCCGGACGGCGGCUCCCGGAGAGCUCGGCCCUGCUGCGUUAAGCCGCACCGGGAGGGCGCCGGGCCGCCGGAGCGCGAGAGCCCGCGGCCGCCGCACACGCAGCCGCUGCCCGGCGCCGAGGGCCCGGCCGGGAGCGACGGAGAGGAGGGCGGCGGCGGCGGCGGCUGCUGCGAACCGGGCGCGGGCGGAGGAGCGUCGGGCAGCGGGCGCCGAGACUUCGUGGAAGCCCCUCCGCCGAAGGUGAACCCGUGGACGAAGAACGCGCUGCCGCCGGCCCUGGCCACCGUGAAUGGACAGUCGCCACCAGAACAUUCUGCUCCAGCCAAGGUGGUGAGGGCAGCAGUUCCUAAACAGCGCAAAGGGAGCAAGGUUGGUGACUUUGGAGAUGCAAUCAACUGGCCUACCCCUGGAGAGAUAGCCCACAAGAGUAUACAGCCACAGCCUCACAAGCCUCAGCCUGCCCGGAAGCUGCCACCCAAGAAAGACAUGAAAGAGCAGGAGAAAGGAGAAGGGAGCGAUAGUAAGGAGAGCCCCAAAACCAAAUCGGAUGAAUCAGGGGAGGAGAAGAAUGGGGAUGAGGACUGCCAGCGAAGCGGGCAGAAGAAGAAAGGGAACAAACACAAGUGGGUUCCAUUGCAAAUAGACAUGAAGCCUGAAGUGCCGAGAGAGAAACUGGCCUCACGCCCCACUCGCCCACAGGAGCCAAGACACACACCCACCAACCGCGGGGAGAUCAAAGGGUCUGAGCCUGCCACCUACAUGCCUGUGUCUGUGGCCCCCCCCACCCCGGCCUGGCAACCAGAGACCAAACCGGAGCCUGCCUGGCACGAUCAGGAUGAGACCUCGAGUGUGAAGAGUGAUGGGGCUGGUGGGGCGCGGGCUUCCUUCCGUGGCCGUGGACGGGGGCGUGGUCGCGGCCGGGGACGUGGCCGGGGUGGCACUCGAACCCAUUUUGACUACCAGUUUGGCUACCGGAAGUUUGAUGGUGCAGAAGGGCUACGUGCCCCCAAGUACAUGAACAACAUCACCUACUACUUCGACAAUGUCAGCAGCACUGAGCUUUACAGCGUAGACCAGGAGCUGCUCAAGGACUACAUCAAACGCCAGAUUGAGUACUACUUCAGUGUGGACAAUUUAGAACGAGACUUCUUCCUGAGACGGAAAAUGGACUCCGAGGGAUUCCUUCCCAUCACCCUUAUUGCCUCCUUUCACCGUGUGCAGGCUCUAACCACUGACAUCUCACUCAUUUUUGCGGCCCUAAAGGACAGCAAGGUGGUGGAAAUCGUGGAAGAGAAAGUCCGCAGGAGGGAGGAGCCUGAGAAGUGGCCUCUUCCUGGUCCCCCAAUAGUGGAUUAUUCUCAGACUGAUUUCUCUCAGCUUCUCAACUGCCCUGAGUUUGUGCCUCGCCAGCACUACCAGAAGGAGACAGAGUCAGCGCCUGGCUCUCCUCGUGCAGUCACCCCUGUGCCAACCAAAACAGAGGAGGUCAGCAACCUGAAGACACUGCCCAAGGGCCUGUCUGCCAGCCUCCCGGACCUGGAUUCUGAGAGCUGGAUUGAGGUGAAGAAACGGCCUCGUCCCUCCCCAGCGCGGCCUAAGAAGUCAGAGGAGCCCAGGUUCUCCCACCCCACCACUCUGCCCCCACAGCUUCCCUCCCAGCAGCCGAUGUCCAAGGACCAGGAAGAGCAGGAAGAACUAGAUUUCCUGUUUGAUGAGGAGAUGGAACAGAUGGAUGGGCGGAAGAACACCUUUACUGCUUGGUCUGAUGAGGACUCCGACUAUGAGAUUGAUGACCGGGAUGUCAACAAGAUCCUCAUUGUCACUCAGACACCACCUUACAUGCGCCGGCAUCCUGGGGGGGACCGCACAGGCAACCACACAUCCCGUGCCAAGAUGAGUGCUGAGCUGGCCAAGGUCAUUAAUGAUGGGCUCUUCUACUAUGAGCAGGACCUGUGGACAGAGAAGUUUGAACCUGAGUAUUCCCAGAUCAAGCAAGAAGUUGAGAACUUCAAGAAAGUCAACAUGAUCAGCCGGGAGCAGUUUGACACACUGACCCCUGAGCCCCCUGUGGAUCCCAACCAGGAGGUUCCUCCUGGGCCCCCCAGGUUCCAGCAAGUUCCCACUGACGCCCUGGCCAACAAGCUGUUCGGUGCUCCUGAGCCCUCCACCAUCGCCCGCUCUCUACCAACCACUGUCCCAGAGUCGCCAAACUACCGCAAUGCCAGGACCCCCCGCACUCCCCGGACCCCCCAGCUCAAAGACUCAAGCCAGACACCACGUUUUUACCCAGUGGUGAAAGAAGGGCGGACCCUAGAUGCCAAGAUGCCUCGAAAGAGGAAGACAAGGCACAGCUCGAACCCACCCCUGGAGAGCCAUGUGGGUUGGGUGAUGGAUUCUCGGGAGCACCGGCCCAGGACCGCUUCCAUUAGCUCCAGCCCCUCAGAAGGGACGCCUGCCGUCGGCAGCUAUGGCUGUACCCCUCAGUCACUGCCCAAGUUCCAGCACCCUUCCCAUGAGCUGCUCAAAGAAAAUGGCUUCACACAGCACGUCUACCACAAGUAUCGGAGACGCUGCCUUAAUGAGCGGAAGCGCUUGGGCAUUGGCCAGUCUCAGGAGAUGAACACCCUCUUCCGCUUCUGGUCCUUCUUCCUCCGAGAUCACUUCAACAAAAAGAUGUAUGAGGAGUUCAAGCAACUGGCUCUGGAGGAUGCCAAAGAUGGCUACAGAUAUGGUUUGGAGUGCCUUUUCCGAUACUAUAGUUAUGGCCUGGAAAAGAAGUUCCGGCUGGACAUAUUCAAGGAUUUCCAGGAGGAAACGGUGAAGGACUAUGAGGCUGGCCAACUCUAUGGGCUAGAGAAGUUCUGGGCCUUCUUGAAAUAUUCCAAAGCCAAAAAUUUGGACAUUGACCCCAAACUGCAAGAAUACCUCGGCAAAUUCCGGCGUCUGGAAGACUUCCGAGUAGAUCCCCCCAUGGGUGAAGAGGGCAACCACAAGAGACACCCGGUGGUAGCGGGAGGCAGUGGUGAGGGCAGGAAACGAUGCCCCUCCCAGUCUUCCAGUAGGCCUGCCACUGGGAUCAGCCAACCUCCUACGCCACCUACUGGCCAGCCCAUCCGGGAAGAUGCUAAAUGGACAAGCCAGCACUCGGACACACUGACUUUGGGAAAGUGAAUCCCUUGAAGCCCCCUGGGGUUUGGGGAGAAGGGGUGGGGUGGGCAAGGGUCCCUAGGGAUGCCCAGACCCGAGAGCAGACAGAGAAAGGACAGGCCUGGUUUACUAGGACAGGUCUUUGUGCUGAGUAGCAGUGUGAACACCAUUUGGGCUGUUGGCUGUGCCCCCUGGGCAGGAGCCUCCUGCACCCCCUUCUCCCCCUUCAUGACUUGCAUCCUAGCUUCUAAGGGGGGAGGGAAAGGGGGAGAUUUUUUAUAUAUAUAUACAUAUAUAUAUAUAUCAAGUUUUAAAUUAUUGAUAGUUUGUCUGGAUUACCAAAAUCACUCUUCAGCCCUGCCCUGCGGUUGGUAGGCCACAGCCCUGUCCCCACAGCCGCCUCCUGCUCCCAAGCCAACUAUGCAGCCCACGGAAGGCUCUGGGGCCCAGGCCCAGCACGGUCCCUCGGAAGGCUCUGGUGGCGCCUCUGGGCCCCAGAAGCGCCAGCCCUUGACCACCCGGGCGUUGCCCUCGCCGUGCCUGCUGUGCUGCCGCGCCUUCUGUCACCUCUGGGAGAAGGAAACCAAAGGGUCUCACAGUGGGAGUUGGGGGAAGUCUCAGCCUCUCCCACUCCUCUCCCCACCCCUAACCCCUGCCCACAGAGACUAUCAAAAGAUGAUUUAUUUUAUUUUUCUCUGACCUUUCCAUCCUUGGGAAAAUGAAAAAAAAAAAAAAGACAAAAUCGACCAUAAAAAAAAACACAACCAAAAAAUCAGAACCCCUCCCCCCACCUAAUCCAUAGUACGUGAUGUCUUUCUCCUUCAUUGGGAUUUUUUUGUUUUGUUUGUUCUUGGAAAUAAUAUUUUUUUAAAAGUUGCCUUAUUGUGGAGCUGGAACCUGAAACAAUCCCAAAUGCCUGUUUUCCUCGGCGGAGUCAACUGAGGAACCUCCGCCUGCUCUGGAUGUGCCUGGGCUCGGGCUGGCUAGACUCUUCCCUGGACUGAGUUGCAUGUACUUGCCUCCUACCUGGAGGCCUGAGAGUUGGGGUGGCGCGUGGGAGCCGCGCCCAGGACGCCCCUGCUGUUGCAUCGCAUCGUGUGGCGCUGACGUCGUGUCUGCGCGCUGCCGUCACUGUUGUGUCCUUGUUCUGCUUGCUGUGGCCUCACGCCGGGCCGUCCUGUUGUACACCCUUUGUCCUGCCCUUGGAACCCCAAGGCCAAGUUUGCUUCAAGACUGUUAGAAAACAGAGUUGGCCUCACAUGUCAUCAGCUGGAGCAUCUCCCCAGCCCAGAGGGGCAGGUGAGCACCGGGUAGCCUUGGCCUGGAUCUUUUUUGUGUUGACUGAAAAACCUGAACCCUCAAAGGAGGCCUUGUCUCACCAGGUGGAGAAAUAGUUUUUUCUCCCUCAAUGGUCUGCGGGGUCUUCCCAUCUUACAUCCCCCCCUGCCCACCCUCUCAUUGACCUCUCCCGGGAACAAGGGCUGUGGAGGGGCUGGGGAAUCCUGCCGGUCAUGAAGCCCUGUGGCAGGAAGGUAUAUGUGGACAUAGAGUAUACCUGACUUACCUGCUGCAGCACUGACUGCCUGAGCUGGCCUGCAAGCAUCAGUCGAGUGGCUACUGUUGUCAGAAGCUGGGGAGGGUGAUGGAGGACCAACCGCAGACUGGAACAUUUGUCCAGUUCAGGCCGACUGAGCACCCACCCCCAGUGGGACCUGGGCAGCUCCACAAGUUUUAGGUCUUGUUACUCAGUUACUGAGACUCCUGUGGCCCUCCUUGUCAUCAGGUUCCUCUGUUGUCCCAAAGGCUGGGUCUUGGAGACGGCAUCCCCGACUGGGAAAGCUUGUGCUCUCUUUGGGUGCCUGGUUGCUUUUAGUGCACACCCUCCCGCUCUGCCCUCCCUGCGCUUAGCGUGUGGAAAGCCUGGCUCAGUUCUUGCAACGCAGUCGUCUCGACCGAGGAUGAGGGGAGUCUGCUGACGAUGGAUCCGAGGCCUUCCCAAGCUUGCUGCCUGCCAUGUUGCACCAGACCCUCCUUCCCUUUUUCUUGUCCUUUGCCCACAUCCCUGCGUUGUACCCAGCAACACAGCAGGAGGGAGGCUGCUCCCAUCUAGACCCUGUCUAGGCUAGGGGCUGCCUUCUUGCCCUGAACCUCUGAGACCAGAGGGAGGAAACGCCUUCACGGCAGAACGGAAAGCUAUCAUCUCAACACAGGCCGAGGAAGGAGUGGGGUGGGUUUUCUUUUUGCUUUUCUGUACCGUGUUAGGAAUUAAUGUUGCAAAGAGUAGUUUACAUCUUCACCUUCUGAAGACACUUGAAUUUAGGACCGAUGUAUCUGUGACAAGCAUGCCAGGGGUGGCCAGGGCCAUCACGGCAAGCCACUUCCCCAUCUGCCAUCUUCCCACAGCAUCCAAGACCUGAGACAGCAACAGCCUGCCCAAACUCCCUCCCCCUGCCUUGGCAGGUUUGGCCAUGCACCUAGGCCCUGGUGAGGGGCAGGUCAUUGGCCCUGAGUCUGGGAGUGAGGGCACUACCAGAAGAGAAGGCUGCCCAGCCCUCCUCCAGCCUGGACCCCAGGGCUCACUGUUGCUGAGCCCAUGUCAAACUUGUUCCAUGUUUUUGUUUAGUUCCGUUGUAGCUCCCCCACCCUUUCUGGUGAUUGAUGUACAAAAGAAAGCUAGCUGUUCAGAGCCCUUGGAAGUAGGGAGGGGAAGUCAAGGUAAGGCUGGAGGGGCAGGGUUUGCCAAAGGCCUGGGCAGCGUCUUCAGAUCAUCUGGCACCCUCUGGAUGGGAGCCCCGAGGAAACCUCCUGUGCAGGGUCCCUGGGCUCUGCUAGUCCCACCCACUCCUCAGCCGAGGUGACGGCAGAGGCAGAAGAGAACUGCAGCCCGCUUCUCACUGGAGAGGAAAACUUGUGAUCAGCUUUGCGGAGAAGGUUCCACCUUACGCUCGUAGUACAUUAUCUUACCAUGUGCUAGGAUAUCACAUUCAAAAGGACAAAAAAAAUGUAAAAUACUUGAAUGAGCUUGUAUUAUAACAUUAAUAUUAUUGAGAGUAUCUGCUUUCCAGGCUGAAGUGAUUCAUUCAUUAUUCUAGUCCUGCUUUCGUCCUUUGUAAUUUGUGGUAAUUAUGCUUUUCUUUUUAAUACAAAAAAAUGUAUAAAAAUAAAAAUUUGAAAAGGCAA